GUCUCAGCACGACCGUGUAUUUGCCUGUUUACUCGUAAACGACAAACUUUAAACGAAAACUUCUGUUGUUGUUUGAGAUCAGCAUCGGAUUUAGCGUCGAACGAUAUAUGAUACUUGUACUUGGAAGAAAAUGCUUUUUAGGGUCAGGAUAUAACCCUUGUAUCUGUACUUCACAAUACUGAAAAAAAAUUUUCUAUUCAAAUACGAAAAUGUUAUGCAUCCAUCAAUACCAAUUCGACGUUGAUUUCGAAUUUGACAAUAAUUUAUGUCUAAGUUUGUCAUGCUUGAAAAAAUUGAUAAAUACUUAGUCAUGUUUAAAUAAUGUACUGAAAGCUGCUUUGAGCUAAGAAUAAGUACAUUGUUAAUAUCCAUUCAAUAAGUAAUAUUGAAUGGACUUCUGUUCUGUUAAAAAGAUGACAAAGCUUAGGGUUUACUGCCUAUGGGCUUUGUGAUUCAUUGAUUUUUUGUUAUUUAUUUCUAAUUUAGACACUAUAAAUCCAAAUAAUGAUACAACAUCCUCUGUUGAUUGUGAAAUUUCUACUGAUUCGGUUUAGGAGAAAACAGGUGAAGUUAUUGUGGGUAGUGCUGAACACGGAUGUGGUUUAGGAAAACGACAGUUAUGUUAUCCAACAGAUAUAUUUAUUACUUCGAAAAACGUUUUGUAUAUUGCUGAUUCUGUUAAUAAAAGAAUACAAAAAUAUAAUACAGAAGAUGAUAUUAUUGAAACUGUUAUUAGUGAAGGAUUAUUUGAACCAAUAAGUAUUUCUGUUACUCCUGAAACAGAUGAAAUUUACAUACUUGAUCGUAUUAAUGAGAAAAAAUGUACUGUUAAAAAAUUAUCAUUGAAUAAUAUAACCAGGAAUUCGCCCUAUCUUAUUACUGUCGUUAUUAACGCACCACUAGAUGUAUGCUAUGAUUUAUUCUUAGAUAAAGAUUUAAAUAUUUAUAUAGCAAAAGAAUUUGAUGUUAGAAAAUGGUUUUCACCAGGCUAUUUCUAUAGUAUACAGAUUGCUAUAUAUCCUGAUAUUUUAGUUGAAUCACAAACGCGCUCUACAAUUGCAAUUUAUAUUGAUGAUGAGAACAAUAAUGAUUUGUAUUUAUACGAUCCACUAUACCGUAGUAGUAGCAUACAAAAAUGGUCGUUCGAUAGUUUCAUUGGUACUGAAAUUAUACCACGAAUAACUAGGAAUGCUGAUUUCGAUAGGAAACGAAUUGGUUUUACAUUGGAUUGUAAUAAGAAUAUUUACUUUAGCUAUGCUAAAAAUGAUGAUGUCAAAACUUAUGUUAUUUAUCAAUUCAACCAAGAAAAUAAUCGUACAAUAGUUAUAACUGAUUCAAAUCUUUCCGAAAUUUCAGCUAUUGAAUUCGAUUCCUAUGGGAGUCUCCAAAACAGAGAUGCAACCGGGCCAGGCGCCCUUUCCCGAUCCAGUCCGGUCGAGACUUAUCAACCGGCCGAUUCCACCGGUUCCGGUCAAACUGCUGAACAGGGCCCGGCCGGCUUGGCUUAUGAGUAG